UUGUUUUAGGAGCUUGACAUGGAAUGGACUAUGGAGUCGAGAAUGAGUAGAGGCAUCUGCUUACUGCGCAAAUUUCUCAGAGUUAGAAUCUGAAGUUUUUAUUCAUCUCGUCUUCUUCCUCCCCUUCCUCUCUUUUUCUCUCUCCACAUGCAAUAUUAUUCUUCGUUAAAGCUGCCGCCUUUUCACUUUCUCCCCUCUUUAGCAAGAGCCCUAUCGCUGAUCAGAGCUCGCCUUAAGCGAUAGUGUUCCAGGCCAAGCUGUCUGGCUUUUUGUUUUAUUUUUCUUCCGUUUAGGAAUUUCUUAGCAGCAAAGUAUUGCUGAUCCUGAAACAGUUUCGAGGGGAAGAGAACCACAUCAAAAUCUUAUCUUGCUAUGUUUUUCUGCUAUUUUGGUGGACAUCCAGAUCCAGCUUGAUAUCAGUAUGUCUGGAGUUCAGGAGCAAUUAGAAAUCAGGUUCAGAUUGCCUGAUGGAUCAGAUAUUGGUCCCAAGAACUAUUCAACAGCUUCCACUGUGACCACUUUGAAGGAAAGCAUUAUCGCUGAAUGGCCCAAAGAAAUGGAGAACCAACCAAGAACUGUAAAUGACCUGAAAUUGAUCAAUGCUGGGAGGAUAUUGGAAAACAACAAUACAUUGGCAGAGUGCAGAAGCCCUAUAUGUGAUCUUUCAGGUGUUACAACUAUGCAUGUUGUGGUUCGACCACCUUCGAUCCAACGAGAAAUCAGUAAAGAUCAACUUAAAGGAAGGAAGCAAAAAAAUCCAAGGAAAACCAAUGUGGAUGUGUGAUUUUAUGAUCAAAUUUUCAGCAGAAGAAACUUGCAGCAAUAGUGAUUGAAGCUGUAGUAUCAGGCUAUUGAUCAAAAGAUGGUAUUUUAUUCCAUAUUUUAGUGCUAAAAAUGUUGCAUUAUUGUUAAGCAUCCAUUCAAAUGUGGUAGAUUAUUGUAAUAUUAUGGGUGUUUUCUUCUUCUUCUUUUUUU